AUCAAUAUUAAAAAGUGAUGGAAGGAAAAGCCAAAGGAAAAUAUUGACAACAAACACAAAUACGAUAUGGAAAUGAGAGGAAAUUAGAAUGUUUGGUAAGGUAGAUGCUCAGAAGAAAAGUUUUUUAGACCAAACAAAAGCACUAAGAGAUGACAGAGCCUAUGAGAAGAAGAGACAGAUUGCAGUUAUCAAAAUUCAGUGUGUGGUACGUGGAUUCCUUGAGAGACGUAGACUUACAAGAUCAAUAAAAAAUGAAGUAUCUGGCUUGUUACAGAUUCCUACAGACAAAGAUAGUGAAUAUCAUCCAAAGUUGAAGCCAGCUGUAGAAGUUUAUAAGACUAUCAAGAAAGUUUUAUACAAGUUUAAGGAAGAUGAUGACAAAGAGGCAUUUUUGUACCUGUGCCGUUACCUUUUAUGUUCCAUGGAUUCUGAGGAUAUAAAGGUUUGUUAUAUUGCUGUUGCUUUAAAGAAAGAGUUUGUGUUGUCAUGGAUACAACAAGUCAAAGAUAUCAACUGGAAAUGUUGUUGUUAUUUAAAAGAACUAAAGCCAGAGAACCAUGUUGACUUUAGUGUGAUGAUGUUAUUGUUGAGAGUUUUAAUUGUAUUUACCAGUACAUCUACAUGGAAAAUAGUUAAAACUACACCAGCACUUGCGCCAGGUUUAAAUCAACUCUGUAACAACAUCAUGGGUGACCUUAACACCAGAGGACUCUACCCUAUAUUGAAGGGUUUAUUAACCAGAGGUCUCUCAAGAACCAAGUGUGCUUUUAACCAGACAUCACUUUCUGCAAUGGUUACUAUAGCUUUGAGACCACUGAUGGCAGCCAACUUUUCAGACAAUCUGCUGACUGUGUUUGUAUUAAACAUUAUGUCUGUCCCUGCUGUUAUACAUCAUGUGUCCAAUCUGUCACAAGAGUGUCUGACUGUACUGGUAACUCACAGACUAUUUAAGAGAUCUCUAGAUCUACUGUCAAAUGAACAAAGUACCAGAAUUAUUUUCAAUACCUUAGAAGGAAACUAUGCACUAUGCUUGCUGGCAAACAUGGUACAUCUUGGUUUUGUAGAAUUAGAGGGUCUUGUUGAAAAUACAAUCAAAUUUAUGACAGUUGUUAUUCGGCUUCUGGAAAACUGUAAGAAAUAUGUACAGAAUAAAAAAUCAAGUUUAACUCACUGGCAUCCUGUUCUGGGCUGGUUUUCCCAGAAGACAGAUCCAAGUUUGCAUGCAUCUAUGCCGUUUGUAGUUAAACAGUUACAGUUAUUAUGGAGUGAAAAGAUGAUAAGACUGAUGUUUGCUGAUCUCUUAAACUACAUAGAAAUAGAUACAGAGAAAGCCAGUAAAAAUCCUUCACCUUCAAAAAAUAUAUUGAAGAAAGCACUAGAUAAAGCUUCAACAAAAUCAUCAGGAUCUAAAAUCAAAUUAGAUAGUUCUGUUAGUACCUCUACAUGUCUACCAUGUGUCCUAUACCAGAGAACAAUCAACACUUUAUCACAACUCAGAAUGGAUAUUCUUGGAGGUUUAAGUUACAAUGAUGUAUUAUUACCAAUUUUGUGGAAGUUUUUAGUGGACCUUGGACCAAAUUGUGGAUUGAAGAGUUUUUUAGAGCUUCUUAGUCAAGCACCAAACAGUACUAUUCACCCAGUAUUUAGUCUUCUGACCGUGUUUUGUGAUGCAGCCAGUCAUUUCAUUAUAACAUUGGAUGAUAUUGAAAUGUAUGAACAAGGCAGAUUAUUCAAACUUGAAGAUUAUGUAAAAAUCAGUGAAUUUCUGAACUGUUUUGUUUUCCGUGUUAUCUGGAACAACUUGAUAGACACAACAACAGCAUUAACGUCUGAUGUGUUUGGAUCAACUCGUGGUCUAUUGAUGAUACUCUAUGAAAGAGAUUGUAGACGAAGUUAUACUCCUCCUAAUCACUGGUUAAUCAGGGAUGUGAAGCCAUCAGUAUUCAUGGCUGAAUUGGAGAAGGGGAAGAAACCAGCAGUUUUUCUGAUGCAGAGAUUACCACACAUCAUUCCAUUCUCAGAGAGAGUAAAACUAUUUAGAAGACAUGUUAAUAAAGAAAAAGAAGCAAUGGGUUUUACAGAAUCUGCCUGUACCUCUCCACAGUCUACACUCAUAUCUGUACACAGAUCACGGAUUGUAGAGGAUGGUUACAGACAACUGGCACAGCUACCAACUAAAUCCAUGAAGGGGCUCAUCAGGGUGAAAUUUAUAAAUGAACAGGGUUUAGAUGAAGCAGGUAUAGAUCAGGAUGGAGUAUUUAAGGAAUUUCUGGAGGAAACUAUCAGCAGAGUGUUUGAUCCUUCCCUCAACUUAUUCAAGGUGACAUCAGAACAAAAACUGUAUCCAUCAUCAACAUCUUAUAUCCAAGAAAAUCAUCUGUCCUUGUUUGAAUUUGUUGGAAAAAUGCUUGGUAAAGCUGUUUAUGAGGGAAUAGUUGUGGAAGUUCCUUUUGCUCCAUUUUUCCUGACACAGAUGUUAGGACAUCAACAGAGCGCAACCUACAGUUCAUUAGAUGAACUUCCAUCACUAGAUCCAGAACUUGCCAAAAACUUGUCCUAUGUUAAGCACUAUGAAGGUGAUGUUGAUGACCUUGGGUUGACCUUCUCAUUAGAUGAGGAUAUCAUGGGAAGGGUAGAAACUCAUGAGCUGGUUCCUGGUGGUAAAGCCAUUCCAGUCACUAAUGAAAACAAAAUCCGGUAUGUACACCUGAUGGCCCACUUUAGAAUGUAUAAACAGAUAAAGGACCAAACACUAGCAUUCAUCAGAGGAUUUAAAGCUGUCAUCAAUUCUGAUUGGUUAUUGAUUCUCUCAGCUCCGGAGUUACAGAAACUUAUAUCUGGUGACAAUGCAGAAUUAGAUAUACAAGAUUUAAGAAGGAAUACUCAGUAUUAUGGUGGUUACCAUAACAACCAUAAAGUCAUUAACUGGAUGUGGGAUAUAUUAGGUAAAGAUUUCAACAGAGAAGAAAAAGGAUUAUUUCUAAAGUUUGUAACCAGUUGUUCCAAGCCACCACUUUUAGGAUUUUCUAAUCUUGAACCUCCCUUUUCUGUCAGAUGUGUUGAAGUUAGUGAUGAUCAGGACACAGGAGACACAGUUGGGAGUGUACUUAAAGGAUUUUUUAACAUCAGGAAAAGGGACCCUGUAGGCAGAUUACCUACAUCAUCUACAUGUUUUAACUUAUUGAAAUUACCGAAUUAUCAAAAGAAAAGUACAUUGCGAGAGAAGUUACGAUAUGCAAUAUCAUCUAAUACAGGCUUUGAAUUAUCGUGAUAUUGGAAUAACAAAUGGAGAAGAUUUUUCACUGUAUUUAUCAUUACAAUCAUCAUUGUAUUUGUCGUUUUAUUUAAUUGUUAAUUUUUGAAAUUUUUAAAGUGGAGGUAUGUAAACUGAAUGGCUUUUGUUAUAUGAGGGAAAUAGACCGAACAGAGAAAAAAUAAUGGAACUUACGGAAUUGAGUAUUUCAUCUUAAAACAGAAUUUGGAAUUUUUAAAGAUGCAAGUAUUUAUUAUCAACUUGAAAUUAUAAUAAUAUUUUAGAUUACUAAUAAUUUAGUAUACAGUUUAGAUUUCCCCACACUGCUAUUGGCAGUUUAUCUCAGGUAACAAUAUCUGCUGGAAUAAGAUCUUCGUGCAGCAAAAUAUGAUUAAGGUAUAAUAUGGCUUUCAAAAAAGAUCAGUCAGCAAAGCCAGUGAUAGUGUUUGAUUGAUUGAUUGUUUGCUUAAUGUCUGGUCCAGUAACAAAUAUUUUAUGGGAAAGAGCUUGAUAGUAUAAAUACUUUGCUUGUGCUCAUAAGUUUCCUUCAUCAAUAAGAUUGUCAGGAAAUUGUGUAAUAAAGUGAAAAAAACUACAUCAGAAAAAAAAAAACAUUUCAUGAAAAAAAAUUAUUUUAUUUUAUUAUAGGAGAUAUCUUAUUUAUUAUGAAUAUUUUCAUCCAAAUCAUGAUUUUUUAGUUUUCUGUUUUUGUUUUGUUUUUUUCUAUGGGAGGAAAGAAAGGGGGUUUAGAUGAUAAUGAAGGAAAGGCACAAAGGUGCAUGCAAGAAAUUUAACCACCUUGAUGUUUGUCAUGCAUCAAUGACUAUGGUUAACUUUUGCAUUUAAGAUUUAGACAAGCAACUACACAGGACUGUUAUUUUGUCAUUGUGCUUAUUGUGGAUGGCAACAAAGAGCCAAGUAAAAUUAUGUCGCCUUACAUUUUAUACAUGAAUGGUACUGUUUAAGGGUUAUGGUUCAGAUCUACUCAUCAGAAAGAAACAAUAUGUCGAGAACUUGUAUAUCCUGUAUAUCGUCAAUCAAUAUCUAGUUCUAGUCUAAGUCAUAAAUGAACAAAACUGUGUGAUUGAAUACGUUUAGUUAUAGUGGUUCAAAUAAAAACUAAAAGGACCAUUUAAUAUGUAAUAGUGUUUAGUUCUUAAAUACUCUUAACAAUGAAAUACCUGCAAGGAAAUAAGCUAUUACUUACAAUGGGCCCUUUUCUUUAUUCAUUUUGAAGAAAUAAAGUAAUAGAAAUGUCUAGCUGUUCAAGAUAAAACUUGCUAAAACUUUUGGUUUCGUUGCCAUCCCAUUUUUCAUGUCUCAUGGUUGAUUUUAUGUGUUCUAAUGAAAUGACUUCUUGUAUUAAUUGUUUUACAUGGAAAGGAACACAUUGUAUAUGAAUAUCUGUGAUAAUAUUUGUAGUGGAUUUUUUAUAAUAAAAUAUAAGAAAUAAUAUGA